AUGGAAGGUGUGGAGAUGGCGGAGCUUGGCGGAGCUGAGGAGAUGCAGGCUGCCUGCGGGCUCUGCAAAGGCCGCUCUGACUCCUUCACGAGAUUUCCUGAGUGUUUCGAUUGGAGCCGGCGCACAGCUUUGUCCACGCGCUUUCUUGCUCGAGAGCUCCCCCGGCAGUUCCGCCUCCCGCACCUCUCCGCAUCUCCGCCUCUCGCCUUCGAGCCUUCACAGCCACCCAUGGCCACGACGUCGGAGUCCAUCGAGUCCUACCUGAAAUCGGUGAUACAGCCGUUGACGACGGACCUCGCAACGGACAUGUUGCCGAUCACGCCGCAGGACCCGGAAAGCUUCAUCACCGGCUGGCUCCGCCAGCGCGCCCCGCACCACCAAGCACCGAUGUCCCUCCGCCGCCGCAACGAAGCCCUGAAGCAGGAGCUGGCUUUCGGGGAGCUCUCGGCCCUGGAAGGCGAGCUCUCUGCGGCUUCGCACGGCGGCGGCGCCAAGGACCUGUUGGAUUCCCACGGCGGCGCAAGGGCCGAGGACUGCGGCGGCAACGACAUGCAGGACUUCGACUUGUCCUUCGCAAUGACCGGCCUGCCACAGAUGCAAGCGCCCUUCAAGCGUGGCCAGCUGUGGCAGUACCAGCCCCGCACCGACACCUGGGAGAAGGUCCUCGUUCUCCUCGGCCCCGGCAUCCUCGAGACCUUCGCCGAAACCACCGAGAAGCGCCAAGCCCUGUUGAUGCUGGGAGCCACCGGCUCCGCCAAGCCCGAGCACGAGAAGCUCCCGCCGGAGUCCGAGGGCUACGCCUUCGAAGUGUCGAAUUUCGUGCAGGCGGAGCCGGCGUUGACGCACCUUCGCCUGGUGGCACCAACGGAGCAGGAGAGGCGGGAGUGGCUCCUGGCCAUCAACGGCCACGCAGCCGGGCUGCAAGUUGCCAGACACCACACACCCCAGACACAUCAGUCUGUUCUGUUCGGUUCUCGCAAGAUGUUGGCUCAUCGGGUUUCUAAAGCGGGGCUCUUCUUGUCGCCGACUAAGACCACGAUGCUGCUCUGCAAGAUGGGGGCCACCAUCGCGAUGCUUUACGCGGAGCUUCGGAGGCUGAAGUCUAGCACCGGCUUCGCACCGGCACAGCCUGCAGGCGAAGAGAUGGCACAGUUGGUGCGCCGCUUGUCGCGGCUCGAGCAGCAAGUGCAGCCGGAAGAAACCCAGGAGCCAAGGAAGCUGAAAAGGGAGGGCGAUGAAGUCGAUCCGGCGACGAUGCCCAAGGACUAUGACUCGGCGUUGGCAAGAGCUUUCGCGAACUUCCGUCCGCGACUCGAGGCCUUCAGCGAGGAGUUGAAGGAGACAUAUGAGCCCAGCAAGGAUCUCGUCGACAUGAUGGGCAAAGAGUGGCAGAAGCGGCGGUCGUUUUCCACGAAGAUGAAUUACCAGCCAUACCAAAACACGCUGGAGGAGCUCUUUGCAUUCUGCAAGGACAAGGCACCGAUCUUCUUCGCCAAAGUUCGGGAUGUGUCAGAACGCACGGGCGGAGAAAACGUGGAGCCGCCCCUGAAAGGCAUGCAGCGGUGCCAAGACAAAGCACAGUUCAAGUACAAGGACAAGAACGGCGAAGUCUCGUGGCACAGAUUGACCGACAUCGUGAGGGAUACCAUCGUUUAUAAAAACCUGGACGACAUGUACAAAGGUCUCCGAGCGAUCCACGAAGACGAGGAGAUCGACAUCAUCGAGUGUAACGACCGUUAUAUGAACCCGCUCGACGGAGGGUAUCGUGACCUUCAGCUGAGCCUCCGAAUCGAAGGAAUGGUCUGCGAGCUGCAGCUGAACACGAAGUGGAUGCUGCACGUCAAAGAGAACGCGGGGCACCGGGCCUUCGAGGUCUCCCGCGAGGUCAUGGCAGCAGUUGCAGAGCCGAAUGCUGUGGAGAGGUGCCACAACAUCCUGCAGUGGGGCAAGGAGAACCUGGGCCCCAACGCCGACGCCGAACUCCAGGAGAUGCUGAAUGACGACAAGAAGGGUCUCCUUCACAAGGCGGCCAAGGCGGGCAACGCACACCUCGUGAGCAUCUUCUUGGCCUUCCGCGCCGAUGUGAACCACAGGGAUCCCAAGAUGCGGCGGACGCCGCUGCACGAAGCCAUGGCGCAGGGCCACGAGCGGGCGAUGUGGGCCCUUCUCUGUGCUCGCGCCGACCUCCAAGCUCGAGAUAACGAUGGCCAGGUGCCCCUCCUGGAUGGCCUGUUGAAGCUUCGCCAAUCGGGAGGCGACGAAGGCGUCGCGCGCCUCGUCUCCGUGGCCGCCCAGUGUGCAGACGGUGGUCUGGACCAGUUGCGCGAGGCGAAGGAUGACCUGGGUGCUGCCGUGAAGCGCCGGCUGGUCCAAAGCCAGGAACUGAUUGCAUCCUGUGCCGGCCUCAACGCAGAGUCUUUGAAGCCUCCUCCGAUACUCGUUGUGGAAACUUUAGCCACGAAGGGGCCGCCGUUAGAGAAAGAAGCGAUGUACGCGACAGAGGGCCGAAGCCCGCCCGGCCAAAUGCUGUUUUUGCAGCGGCCUUCCUCCUUUCCGUUCGGUGCUGAUGGCAAUCUUGCGAAGGUCCAGCAGCUGCUGGCAGAGUGGGCCGACCCGAACACCCCCAGCAGUGCGAAAGACGGUCACCCCCCGCUGCACGCGGUGCUGCUGCGACCGCAAGGCCACCAGCCAGUGCACUUCGAAAUCCUGAGGGCUCUGCUGGACAUGGAUGCCGACCUUGGCGUCACCACGGCAAUGCCAGCUGGAGAAACCCCUCGCACCUUGACACUACUGCACUGCGCUCUCCACUCCAAGAGUGGUAAGGCCGUGAAGAUGUUAGCCGCCGCCGGGCUCCAGCACGAGGGGAUCUGCUCAGCGAGGUGCUGGAUGCAGAGGCCCUGCGAAGUGAGGAGCCGUCGCUAUGGUCGCUGUUGGCGCCCCUGGGGGAGCAGCGGGUGCAGUUGCUGGACUGGUCCCUGGUGUCUGUGGGGGAGAUGUUGGAGCUGGGGGCCACUCCUGGCCAGGUCAAGGCCUUGUGCAAGCAAGGGGGCCUGGAGUCUCCGGAGGAAUUCCUCCGGCAGGUGGUGCUCAAGGGCUUGGGGCCCAAGGACCUCGGAGAGAAACUCCGGGAAGACCCCUACUUCCUGGCUCCCACACUUCCGUUACCUCCUUUCGAUGCCGUGA